AAACACAACAAGCCGCGAAUGCUAUGCCCGCAGCGAUGCUCUGGUCACCGUUCUGGUCAUCUAUCCUUCGAUUUGGUAAUGCUACAAAUGUAGCAUUAUGGACGCCAGGAUGGAGCCUUUCUACACCACACUCCAUUGGAUUGAUACAUGAUGAAUGCCUUCCAGUCGCGGGCAGGAUUCUUUCAUAUCUAAGCGACUUAGCUCAGCGCAACGGUCGAUACAACCCUUGCAUCCGCUGGAAAACCGUUCAUGCCGCAACUGCAACGGUGGUGGAAGCCACAUGACGCAUGUAACUCAGCCGAAACACCGCCUUUGGUGCUCUUUGGUGAAAGCUUCAUCCAACCGCUAUUCUUGGUAUCCUGAUAUUACCGUUGGCCUCCCAAUCUCACGUGUCGAUCGUCCAUCCCUGCCAUGUGUAUAUGCGUGGCACUGGUUUCGAGGGAGCCGGACAGAUGUCGUUCGCAGCAAUCUCGCUUGCAAAUCGUCCGCUGACAGAGAACAGGCUCAACAAGCACAAACAACAAGCACAACAAGCCUUGUCAGCGGUCUCACAAGCAUAUAAAGGCUUAGAAGAAAGGCAAUUCCUCUUGGCCAUCGGCAUCCAUUUCCACUUCCAUUCAGUCGUUACCACCCCCUCUUCUCCAAAGACAAGCCCCGAGCAAAGCUCUUCCUCCCUCAUUCCAAGAUGCAGUUCUUCACCCUCGCCCUCCUCGCAGGCAUUGCCUCGGCCAAUGUCAUUGAGAGAGCCGCUGGCACCCCACCAGUGUGCAAGAGAGUCACCAAGUCCUGCGACGACGCCCAGCUCUUCCACGCCACCAAGUACUGCUCCAACUACUUGGCCAUCGCCGAUGCCACCUCCACCCACACAUACACGAUCACCAAGGGCCCGACCAUCGCCCCCACCAGCUGCAGCGCAACCUGGAGCGGCACCGGCACCUGGGACGACCCGCACCACACCCAGCACCCCCACCCGUUCAAGCGUCAGAACAUCGACGUCGUCGAUGAGCCGCUCUGCUUCGGCAAGGCUGGCGGCGCGGCUUCCAUCAGCAAGUCCUGCCACUGCAUUGACAUCCCCACGUCGACGCACAUCAUCAGCACCACUGUCACUGUCCGCGACUCCAAGGCCACGGCGACUUGCGACCCGGGCCACUGGUAGAUUUGAGAGGGGAGUUCGUCGGUUGAACUGGCUGUUCGGUCGUCGACUCUGUACGCUAUCUGAUGGGGUGAUUGUGAUGGGUGGCGCUUGAAGUCUUCUUUUAUCGCGGCCUGAUGACUGCAGGGCGAUCCGAUUAUUACUGGCAUAGCAUCUUCUAAUCUACACGCUCGUCGGACUUGCCGCUAAC